GAUGCGCAGUCUUGAGUGCCGAUUCCAGAGGACUACUCACCCCCAACCGUCGGCUCGCCCAAGCCGGCUCCGAGGCUGUGCCAGACACGGGAAGCAGCUCUGCCGGACUCAGAGAAACGCGAGGCAUCCUCCUGAGUCACCUUUUCCACAAGAUGUUGGGAUUUUUGAAGCAUCCUGUCGUGGUGACCACUGACAUCAACCUGACGGUUGUGCUUCUCACCGGGGUGGGGUUGCUGAGCCGACUGUGGCAGCUCUCCUACCCUCGGGCUGUGGUUUUUGAUGAAGUAUAUUAUGGGCAAUAUAUCUCUUUUUACAUGAAACGAGUCUUCUUUUUGGAUGACAGUGGACCACCGUUUGGCCAUAUGCUGCUGGCACUAGGAGGUUAUUUAGGAGGAUUUGAUGGUAACUUCUUGUGGAACAGAAUUGGAGCAGAGUAUAGUAGCAACGUGCCUGUGUGGUCUCUGCGCCUACUGCCAGCACUCGCAGGGGCCUUGUCAGUCCCCAUGGCCUACCAGAUAGUGUCAGAGCUCCACUUCUCUCACUGUGCUGCCAUGGGAGCUGCUCUGUUGAUGCUCAUUGAGAAUGCUCUGAUCACUCAGUCAAGGCUGAUGCUUUUGGAAUCAGUGUUAAUAUUUUUUAAUCUAUUGGCCGUGUUGUCCUACCUGAAGUUCUCCAACUCCCAAAAACACAGCCCUUUCUCUCUGAGCUGGUGGUUGUGGCUGACACUGACUGGGAUUGCUUGUUCCUGUGCAGUGGGCAUCAAAUACAUGGGUGUGUUCACAUACUUGCUGGUGCUCAGUGUUGCAGCUGUCCAUGCAUGGCACCUGAUUGGAGACCGGACCUUGUCCAGUGUCUCCGUGUUCUGCCACUUGCUGGCCAGGGCAGUGGCUUUGGUGGCCAUCCCAGCCAUCCUGUAUGUGCUGUUCUUCUAUGUCCACCUGCUUCUGCUCUACCGCUCAGGGCCCCACGACCAGAUCAUGUCCAGUGCCUUCCAGGCCAGCUUAGAGGGAGGACUAGCUCGAAUCACCCAAGGCCAGCCGUUGGAGGUGGCCUUCGGGUCACAGGUCACUCUGAGGAACGUCUUGGGCAAGCCUGUGCCCUGCUGGCUUCAUUCCCACCAGAACACCUACCCCAUGAUAUAUGAGAAUGGCCGGGGCAGCUCCCACCAGCAGCAGGUGACCUGUUACCCCUUCAAAGAUGUCAACAACUGGUGGAUUGUGAAGGAUCCUGGGAGGCACCAGCUGGUGGUGAGCAGCCCUCCCAGACCCGUGCGGCAUGGGGACUUGGUGCAGCUGGUCCACGGCAUGACCACCCGCUUCCUCAACACUCAUGAUGUGGCCGCCCCUCUGACCCCCUACUCCCAAGAGGUCUCCUGCUACAUCGACUACAACAUUUCCAUGCCAUGCCAGAACCUCUGGAAACUGGAAAUUGUAAACAGAGAGUCGGACACAGAUGUCUGGAAGAACAUCUUGUCAGAGGUCCGCUUUGUGCAUGUGAAUACUUCUGCUGUCCUGAAGCUGAGUGGGGCGCACCUCCCUGACUGGGGGUUCCGGCAGCUGGAGAUCGUUGGGGAGAAGCUGCCCCGGGGCUCCCACGUGAGCACAGCAUGGACAGUGGAGGAGCACCGCUAUGGCAAGAGCCAGGAGCAGAAGGAGAGGGAGCUGGAGCUGCACUCCCCCACACAGGUCGACAUCACCAAGAACCUCAGCUUCAUGGCCAGAUUCUCAGAGCUGCAGUGGAGGAUGCUGACGCUAAGAAGUGACGACUCAGAGCACAAGUACAGCUCCUCGCCCUUGGACUGGGUCACGCUGGACACGAACAUCGCCUACUGGCUGCACCCCAGGACCAGUGCUCAGAUCCACCUGCUUGGAAACAUAGUGAUCUGGGUUUCGGGCAGCCUUGCCAUAGCGGUCUACACCCUGCUCUUCUUGUGGUACCUGCUCCGACGGCGAAGAAACGUGUAUGACCUCCCUGAAGACGCCUGGCAGCGCUGGGUCCUGGCUGGGGCCCUGUGUGCUGGGGGCUGGGCAGUGAACUACCUGCCCUUCUUCCUCAUGGAGAAGACACUCUUCCUCUACCACUACCUGCCUGCACUCACCUUCCAGAUCCUCCUGCUCCCUGUGGUCCUGCAGCACGCCAGUGACCACCUGUGCAGGUCCCAGCUCCAGAGGAACGUCCUCAGCGCCCUGAUUGUGGCCUGGUGCUCCUCUGUGUGUCACGUGUCCAAUGUGUUGCGCCCCCUGACCUACGGUGACAAGGAGCUUUCACCAGAUCAACUCAGGGCCCUCCGCUGGAAAGAUAGCUGGGACAUCUUGAUCCGAAAAUACUAGAACAUAUGGAGAAUGUCUGCA